CACAAAACGCAGAAAAAAGCAACAUGGAGGAUUUAAAUGCAACGGAUGCUUUUGAGGGCGAAAUUAAAGAAGAAUUAAAGCCCGAUCAACAAACAGAUAGCACGCAUGCAAGCAUGUUCCUUGAAAAUUUGUACAAAAUCUACAAGGAGAAGAAAUUAUGCGACGUUUCCCUCGUUGUUGGUGGAAAAGAAGUUGAGGCCCAUCGAGUUGUUUUGGCAGCGAACAGCGUUUAUUUUUAUACCAUGUUCACGGGGGAUUUACUGGAAAGCUCAUCGAGAGAAAUUGUUUUGAAAGAAGUCGAUUUUGAGGCUGUGAAGCUGCUAGUGGAUUACUGUUAUACCGCUGUCAUUGAUUUUAACACGUCCAAUGUAGAGAGCCUACUUAAAACUGCUCAUCUUUUGCAAUUUAAUAACAUAGUCAAAGGUUGUUGUGUAUUUAUGUCUUCACAACUCCAUCCCGCUAACUGCCUCGGCAUCAGCAGUUUUGCUGAACUGCACGGUUGCACCACUCUCCGAGAUACGGCGCUAACGUUCGCGACCAAACAUUUUUGCCAAGUUGCAAAAACAGAAGAAUUUUAUUUGGCGACGUUAGAUCAAAUUUGUCAGUUGCUGUCGAGCGACAGUUUAAAUGCACCAUCCGAGAAGGGUGCUUUUGAUAUAGCGAUGUCAUGGGUUAGACAUGAUAUGGAAAGUCGGAAGAAUUUUUUGCCUCAAAUUUUAAACCAUAUAAGGUUGGAAUUGCUGCCGUCUAAAGUACUAGGUAAUGCAAAUUAGUAUUAUUUUUGUGCGGGGAACUUUUCUGUCAUAAAUGAAUGUUGCAUGGAAACGAAGACAUAAUGUUUGAGAAUGGUUGAAAAUUUGGAGUCUCUAGAUUGUUGGAAAUGGCAUAUUCUCUACCACUUUUCACAAGGCCCAACAUGUUAGAGACAAAAUAAAUCAUUAGUUCAUCAAAAAUAUGCAGAUUUUGUAGGAUUUUCUUGACAUUGCGCGGACAGAAAUUCAGCCAACAUUUCUCACUCAGACCAAACUUUACAGUCUGGCAAUUCUCUGUAUUCAUAAUAUUAUAUGACUGAUUUUAUACCACCAAAUAUCAUUAAUCAAUUUUCACCAUGGUGGCCUGAAAUUAUGCAAAAUUAGUCAAAAACCUAAAUUCUAGUCUCAUACUCAUGCAAAAAUCUCGUAGCAAGUUUGCCAACAAGCUGUGAACAAGUUGUGUACACAUUGCUAAUUGUCCCACAUUGUCAACAAGUUUGGAACAAGCUGUUAACAACUUGUAAUAUGGUUGCUGGGGCAAAAUUCUUUGCUGUGGCCCCUAUAAUGUUAUAAUUUUGAAACAGCAAAAACAGUGCUAUAUUUGAGAGGCCCAUUCUACACCACCUGACCUGUUUAUGAAUCAAUCCUUAUAGUCAUACAAGUUGUCAAUGACUUUGUUGACAACUUGCUACAAGGUUGUUGAGCUCAACAGACUUGUUACAAGUUGUUCCAACAACUUGUUGUUGUCCUGCAAUUCAACAAUUUGCCAACAAGUUGUGAGUGACAACCUUGUUGCAACUUGAUAAAAUAACAGCGUUGUUACAACUUGUUGCUACAAGCCUGUUGCAAACACAUCUUGUUGACAAGACUCUCCUUGACAAGUAAAAUUGUCUGGCAUUAGACAGAGUGAAUGAAUAAAGUAGGGCACAUUGCUGCUUAAUGGUUAAUGAUUUUUUUAUUCCCAGUUGACUGCAUUGAACAAGAUGAGCUUAUUGCCUCGAAUAGUUUCUGUCUGCAAGCAGUGAGCGAGGCAAAAAAUUCACUUUUGUUGCCAGAACGAAAGGAGCUCAGUGCAAAGACGAAACGACGGAUUAGAAGUUCCGACCAGAGCUUGUACAUCGUUGGUGGAGAAAUACACAACUAUGUCUUCAAUACACUCGAUGGUUAUAAUUUUACCGAGGACAGUUGGAACUCGUUCGCUUGUCUUAAUAAACCAAGGGACGGUCUUGGAGUUACAACUUAUAGCGGCCUUAUAUUUGCUGCAGGAGGCAAGUGUUUUAUAUCAUGGCCGGAUUUUCAUGGGAGGUGUGGGAAGGUGUGCCCCUCCCCUGAGAUCGUUUUGCACCUUCCCUGAGAAUUUUUGCGCCUCCCCUGAAAAGUCAUGCACCUCCCCUUGAGAAAGUUUCAACGAUAGAUCAAAGUGAUUAUCAUAAAACAUGUCUAAAAUGCAUGAAAUAGCAUUUCGAAGACCCUAAAAAUAGAAAAGUUUUUUUUUUGGGGGGGGGCAUGCUUUGGACGACUAGACCCCCCUGUUUGUGGCUGGCAACGCCCAUGACCCAUUGAGCGCCAGCACUCUCCCCUUGACAAGAAGAAUCGUCUGGCAUUAGACAAAGUAAAAUAAUAAAGUAGGGUGCAUUAGGGCACAUUGCUACUUAAUUGGUUAACUAGAUACAUGGGUAGAUAGUCUGAUUAACCCAUUGAGUGGCAGCACUCUCCCCUUGACAAGUAAAAUAGUCUGGCAUUAGCUAGAUAAAAUAAUAAAGUUGGGAGCAUUAGGGCACAGUGCAACUCAUUGGGUCAACACAUGGGCAGAUAGUCUGAAUAACACUUUGAUUUGAUUCUGCAGGAUGUGACGGUGAACUGGCGCUAAACUCCAUGGAAUGUUACAACCCCAGUCAGGAUUCUUGGAAAUUUGUUAAACCAAUGUCAGUGAACCGUCAUGCGUUUUCGUUGGUUGAAAUGAGUGGUUGGUUGUACUCUGUGGGAGGAAGCGAUUUCUUCCGUACUGAAUAUGACAGUGUUGAACGUUAUGACCCUGUAAGGUGAGAUUAAUGCAACUUGUGGCUAAUCACAGGAAUGUAGCCUGGCCCAGAUAUUAGUUCAUAAAUAUGAAACUAUAUAAGAUGUAUUUUUCCAAUCAGCGAGUUUCAGUGGACGUGCGGCUGUAAUAUGUAAUGUGCGAUGUUGUUGGUUCGAGUUCUGCUGAAGUCGUUUUACUUUUUGGAAUUUUUUUUUCUUUAAAGUUAAAAGGUUUAAAGGGUUAGGUUAGAGUUAGGGUUAGGGUUGUGUUUAGGGUUAGAGUAGGGUCUUCUGUUCGCAGGUCAGACUAGAUUCCUGUCUUUAGCCACAAGCAUUAAUGCGAGAGCUGGCCAUUAAAAACUCACACAGAACAUAGAAGUACAUGCAAACUUUAUUGUGCUUUUUUCUGUAAAACAACUGGCAAAGAUUCAUUUUCAUCCAUAAGCCUAGGUCUUCGUCAGAACAAGUAAUAAUAACUUGCAUUUCACUCCAUUUACACACGUAAAAACGCGCAAAUAAGUUUGUAACGAGAUUGUUGUCAAACCGAUAUCAGGAUGUGUUCGCACUGCUUGUUCCCAGUUGUUGUGACAAGUCUGGAACAAGUUGUUAUCAUCUUGUAACAAGAUUGAUGACAGUAACAGACAUGUUGUUCCAAUAAGACUAACACACGCAUAGAAAUAUCACAUCUUGUAGCAAGUUAGACUUGCUCCAAGUCUCUCUUUCAUUGUCGUAUCGAUCCACUAUAGUGUACACAACAUGACGUAGUUUCUGCCAACAAGUUGUGUUCGCACUGCUUGUCCCAAGUUGUCAACAAGUUUAUUGUCGACAUUUUUUUAUUAUUAUUAUUAUUAUUAAAUUGAAACCACAUUGCAGCCAGAAGCUGAAUUGCGUGGAUUACAUAUUAUCACAUGCACUACAUAUAAAUAUUAUUAAUACAAUAUUAUAAAAACCCACCCACGAUCAAAAUUCGAUUAAAAUAAGCAUAAAAUCUAUCCUACAAACUUCCUACACAUAGCAGGGAUAAAAGAGUUAUAAAAGCGGUUCGUGCGUGUAACGUACAUAUUAAAAUACCGAUUCGUCCUGAAAGAAUAAUCAGUCUCGUUCUUCGGGGCAGCAGAUGAUGAAGUUUAUGCAUUGGAUCCUUGAUGAUACUCGUAAAGAGUUUGUCACACAUGUCCUCUCUUCUUUGAAAUAGAGUAGGCAGUCUAAAAUACUCAAGGGCCUCACAAUAUGUCAUUUCAGGAGAUAAAAUUUUUAGCACACGUUUCUGGACAGUCUCAAGUUCGUCUGCCAAAUACUUUGGGAUGGAAUGAUGGAAGGCUUGCGCACAAUACUCGAGCACAGGCCUAAUCACUGUACAAUAAAAGUUCAAGACAUCAUUGACAUUUACGCCUGCCCGUUUCAAUAAUACUAUAAAAUAGAGGCGUUUAUUAGCUUUCUUUAUACUCUCUCUGAUGUUAUCUUUCCACUGAAGUGUGCCUGUCAUAACAAGACCCAAUAUUUUUGCACUCUCAACUAUAGGCAAUGCUUCUCCACCCACCAGUACAGGAUCAAAAGGUUGUUUAAUUUUUUUAAAAUCGAUUCUCAGUUCUUUACAUUUCUCAGUGUUAAGAGAUAGCAUCUUGUAACAACUUUGUUAACAACUUUGUUUGUUGAUUAACAUCUUGUAACAACUUUGUUGAUAUUAUCAGACUUGUUGCAAGGUUGUUCCAACAAGUCUGCUACAGUCUUGAUAUGACAAUAUUGUUACAAUCUUGUGUGGUCAACCUUGUAACAUUCUUGUUAUAUCAUGACUGUAUCAGACUUGUUAGAACAACCUUGUAACAAGUCUGAUAAUGCCAUCAAGCUUGUCACAAGUUGUCAACAGCUUGUUCCAAACUUGUUACAACAACUGGGAACAAGCAGUGCGAACACAAGUUGUCGACAGCUUGUGAACAGAUUUGUAACAACUUGUUUGCAGACUUGUAACAACUUGUGCGUUUUUAUGUGUGUACAGGAUGUUCGUAACAAGUUGCUACAAGCUUGUCAUCAACGACUUGUUAGCCUCAUCAACCUUGUUACAAGAUGAUAACAACUUGUUCCAACUUGUUCAACAAACAGUACGAACACAUCGUUCUACAGAAAUUGCGUUGCAGGAAAAAUUAUUUUUGAUUUUCAGAGAUUCUUGGUGUGACGUCAUGCCGAUGAUAACAAAACGCGAAGGACUACAAGCAGUAUCGAUUGAUGGCUCUCUCUUUGCCAUGGGUGGGGAUAACGGCAUCUCAAUAUUAAACACUAUGGAACGAUAUGACCCUCGCAUCGGUUACUGGACGGUAUGUGAAUCCAUGACAUAUCGAAGACGGUACUUCGGAGCAGCGGCGUUGCGGAACCAGAUCGUAGUACUUGGUGGAAGCGAUUGCGACGAAGAUCAUAACUCGGUGGAGACAUACGACAUGCGCAUGAACCGCUGGUUAGCAUUGCCGCCGUUGCUAGUGCGUCGAGAGAGUCCAGUCGCGGCUGUCGUUGGGGACAGGCUGUUUGCGAUUGGUGGAGCUUUCAUGAACGUUGAGACAGACUCGAUUGAUGCUUAUAGCGUAGUCGACAAUAAAUGGGAGGCUUUUACACCUUUGCCCAGAGCCAUGGAGGGAAUGGCCUCUGCUGUAUUGUGAGUAAAACGCAGUUCUUUACAUUGAUGUCUUGUCACAUUGAGUGAAACAGAUACUAGAGACAGAUACCCAUCUGGAUGAUCUUUGACAAAAGAAAGAAAGUUCGACGUACGGAAAACUUUUUAAUUAAGGGAUCGGUCAUUAUUUAUGGUGGGGUGGCGCCGAAGAGAAAAGGGUUGGGCGAACAAAAUUUUGAGUAAGUAAAAGGUUUGGGUAAAUGAAAAACAACUCAAGGGUUGGGUAAUGAAAAUUUAUUGUCAUUUCCAAAGCAUGACUCAUUGAAAUAUUGGAGACUAAAAAGCAAUGUCAACAGUCAAUAUGUCAAUACAAUAUGUGAAUCAAUCAGAGUCACUAUCUUGAUCACUGUUUUUCGAUUUGUUGGGAGACAUAUGGUGUAUCUAAAGAAAGUACAUGUGCAGACAACAUGAAACUUUAGACUGCAGAAAAUUACACAAGCAGUUAUCAAACUCGUAUCUCAGAAGUGGUAAAGGACAUCUGUGACAACUGAAUGGUCUCUUUUUGCAAAGUUUUUGGCCAGGAGUAGGUAUUUAUUUUUAAUUGAUAUUCGACGUUGGGUAAUCAAAUUUUUUACCUUUUAAUGGUUGGGUCAGCAAAAUUUUUGUCACGAAAAACAUCUCUCUUCGGUGCCAUCCCCAUAAAUAAUGACCGGUCCCUAACUAUCAAAGGAAAGUACGAUAUUUAGUGCUCCUUGUAAUUCAGUGUACAUUGUUGUUAACUUAUAAAGGAGAAAAAUUAAAAACUUUUCAUUAUAAGCAGCAAGUAUCACUGGAAAUGUUUUCAAAAUCCUUGCCAUGGAAAUCCCAAUCUCGUUCCCAGAGUAUGCCUGUUCGCGGGUUAGGUUGUGGCAUGACUCUGGG